AGGAUAUCUGAACAGACAGCGCUGCGCGAAAAGCCAGAAAGUAGGUUAGCAAGAGAGAGCGCGGGAGACCGAGACUGAGCAGGCAUCCUUCCGAACCAUGGACGCAAAGAAGCACGUGGCAAACUUUGGCGCAGGGCCCGCUAAGCUACCCCAAUCGGUCUUGUUAGAAGCCCAGAAAGAACUGGUAGAUUAUAAAGGCCUUGGAAUUAGUGUUCUUGAAAUGAGCCACAGAACAUCUGAUUUUUCAAAAAUAAUCAGAACAGCUGAAAAUUGCUUGCGUGAACUCCUACAUAUACCAGACAAUUACAAAGUGCUCUUUCUCCAAGGCGGCGGAUCUGGACAAUUUAGUGGUGUCCCACUUAACCUUAUUGGGUUAAAAGAAGCAAGGUGUGCUGAUUAUGUCGUUACUGGAGCUUGGUCAGCUAAGGCAGCCAAGGAAGCAGAGAAAUAUGCCAAAGUGAACCUUGUUCAUCCUAAACUCUCUAGUUACACCAAAAUCCCCGACCCAAGCACUUGGAACCUUAAUCCAGAUGCCUCUUAUGUCUAUUAUUGUGCUAAUGAGACUGUCCAUGGGGUGGAAUUUGACUCUGUACCUGAUGUUGGAAAGACACUUUUAGUUUGUGAUAUGUCAUCAAACUUCCUCUCCAGGCCAGUGGAUGUUUCUAAGUUUGGUGUAAUUUUUGCUGGUGCCCAGAAGAAUGCUGGCACUGCUGGUGUCACGGUAGUUAUAGUGCGCGAGGACUUAAUUGGCUUUGCGCUCAAAGAAUGUCCCAUAGUGUUGGACUACAAAGUGCAAGCAGAGAAUGGCUCAUUAUACAACACUCCUCCAUGCUUCAGUAUAUAUAUCAUGGGUUUGGUCCUGGAGUGGAUAAAAAACAACGGUGGAACUGCGGCUAUGGAUAAACUUAGUCAAACGAAAUCACAAAUGAUUUAUGACAUUAUUGACAGAUCCAAUGGAUUUUAUGCAUGCCCUGUGGAAAAAAAGAGCAGAAGCAGAAUGAAUGUUCCUUUUAGGAUUGGCAGUAUUAAGGGUGAUGAGGCCCUGGAAAAGCAAUUCCUUGAUAAAGCUGUAGAAUGCAACAUGCUAUCCCUGAAAGGACAUAGAUCUGUGGGAGGAAUCCGUGCUUCUUUAUAUAAUGCUGUGACUAUUGAAGAUGCUCAGAAGUUGGCAGCGUUCAUGAAAAGCUUCAUGGAGAUGCAUCGGUCAUGAACUCAAGAACCUAGUGUUUGUGUUGCAUCUCUUCGAAAUAAAGUGUAAAGAUUGGAAGAUACGAAUAUUUUCAUUAAAAAUGCUCGGCAUAGCAUAGUUUAAACUUCUGAAACAAUUUAAUAAUUCCUGUAGCUCAUGUUGAGUAAUCCAGUACUCAAAAGCUAUCUCGGCUGAAAUACGUUGCUCCAGAAGUUCACUUUGGGCAUUGGCCCCAGUGCCAAGAUUUAUUAUAUAUCACAAUGGAGUGAGGGAGGAAUAUUCAAUAUCCAUUAAAGAUCUGGUAAUAUUUGAAAUGUUGAAGCAGAUACCAGCACUUGUAAUAUGCAGGGGUGACAUCCUGAGCAACGAAGCAUGUGUAUAAGCAGGCUCUGAGGGGCUGUGCCAGGAGUCUGUGUGCAACUUCCCAGCCCCCCUGUGUGCAUAUUGUGAAGACUUAAAAGCGCUGCAAGAUCAGAAGUGCCCUCAGUGAUGUGUUCUGAUCUUACAGGGUGCUUGGAAGCCUUAGCCCCCUUGCAGAACAUCAUUUAUACAGGAGGACUGGGGGAGUUGCACGUGGUCUCCCAGCAUGCCCCUGCAGAGCUUGCCUGCUUUGUUAGUGUAUGUUAACAUUUGUUGUUGCAUACAAAUCAUACCAAAGAAUUUCAGAGGAUUGAAUUCUUUUGGUAAAUGAUUCCUCAGACUUCCCCAUUUUGAUGUAAAAUAUACCCAAGUGCCUUUUUGUUGCAGUGUUUCCAGCAUUUAGUCUCUCCUUUUUAAUUUACUAAAUUCUAAAACUUGAAUAGUGCCAUAUGUUUGGUACAGUAAACUGACUUAGAUUAAUUCCCUUGUUUACAUAUUGGAGGAUAACUUUGGCAAUAGCACUUAAGUAUGAUCAUUCCAAGCGCACACCAGUAAUGCUCCCUAAGGGAACUACUGCCAAUCAUCCGUUGCUGACCUCAGGCCUUACUCCUGCACACACUUUGAAAACUGGAUCCUUGUCAAACUGUAAAUUCUAAAGAUUUCUCCGACAUUAUUUCUUAUCUUAAUUUCUUAAGCAUAUGCUUAACUACAUCAAGGUGCAAUUUUUUCCUCCUUAAAAUGCUGAACAUCUUCUGACUUGUAGUGUUCCACUUGGCACAUUUCCCUUCUACUGCACACAAACAUUAUUCUUUCUUUCCUGCUUAUUGAUCUUUUGAAGUCAAUAUUGCCUUCAAGACUGACAGUACCUCUUUAUGAACGGUUUUUGGUCAGGAAUAUGCCAUGGAUUUUCUGCCUCCCCAGCAGCUGUGCCUGCAGCAAAACAGAGGCCUUGCAUAUUUUUCAUACACAUGUAUGAAAAAUAUGCCAUUAUGUAAGGCAUCCCCCCGCCAGCCCGGCAUAGAGACAAUUUCCAUGAAGAAAAAUUGUCCUGAGCAAAAUGACUAACAUUCCAACACUGAACCUCAUGUUAUGAUCCUUCUAUCUCUCUCAUUUGCAUGCCCCAUUUCAGGGAUUCACAACCUGUGGUACUCCAGAUGCUGCUGAAUUCCCAUCAUCCCCGCUACAAUUUAUUGUGGCUGGGCCUGAUAGAGUUGUAGUUCAGCAACAUCUGGGGUACCACAGGGCUGGGAACCCCUGCCCUAUUUCAUGUUCUCUAUCUUUACUCCCCCACUUGUCGCAUAUGUUCUGUUUUUAAAAAUAAAAUGUAUCCAAAACUAUUAGCUUCAGAGUCUGUGCUACAGGAUUAAACUACACCAAUUAAUUUUUUUUAAAGUUGUGGUGCCUUAGCUACUUAUCACAACAAAUUACUGGUAGAGCCAUAAUUUGGCUGUCUGAUUAGUCCAAUUAGAAUUUAAGCUCAUAGGGUUAUGAAGCACAGUAUGUAUGCUUAUAUUAUGUCAGUAAUGCCCCUUUUUAUUAUUGGUAUGAAUGCCUGAAGUUGGUGUAUAUGCACCAAUACAGAAGUAGUUUUGUCUGAUAAGUUUAAAAUAACCAUGUUUCACUUUCUGUUACACCAUGGGCUGAGGGGAAAACAAAAUAAAGUCUCUAAUAAUAGUA